AUGCUGGUGGCCGGCGUCCUCGCCGUGGACCUUUCAGUCAAGGAGGGACUGCCCGUCCUCGUUCUCGGCCGACCUCCCGGCCACCACGCGACUUGCGGCCACGACCUGCGCCUUGGGGACACCUGGAGCGCGCCCUGUGGAGAGCUCCCAGGUGCCAGCCUUGGCGGGGGCUGCUUCUACCCCUCCACGUGGCUUGCGGCGCUGCACAGCUUGAACAAGGGCCACGCAAAGCGGCUGGCGUACGUCGAUGUCGAUGCGCACAUGCCGGACGGAGUCUGGAGGGAGGUGGAUCACUUCUCAAAGCUUCAGAAGGAUCAGCGCGACUUCCUCCUUGGCAAGCGUGGCUCCUGCACAGGUAUUUUAUUUUCGUCGAUCCAUAUCGAUGGCUAUCCGAACCCGGGCUCCUCCUGGCACUCGGUGAAACGAAACCUGCAUCGGCAGCGUGCCUUUGAGGUGCGGGUGCGGGACACCCUCCUGCCGCAGAGCGUUACGCGAGGCACGGCGAGCAGCAAGAACGAAGGGCUGAUCACAAGAUAUCAGCGCUGGCGCAACGAGCUCGAUAAGGAGAUGAAGAGCUUCCUACCCGACGGGCUCUUCGUCGGGCUGGGCCUGGACCUUCACCAGAAAGAGUCCAGGAUUUCCGACAAGAAGGUUGGUCGCGGGCUCUGCAAGCCUCAGUACCGGAGCCUCUUCUCCGGCUUCAGGCUGCCGAAGAAAGCCCCAGUAGUUCUGAUGCUCGAGGGCGGCUACACCAAGGAAGGUGUGGAAGAUGGCAUCAGCGGCACCCUUGCAGGCCUGGAGAGCCUGGCUGCGAGGUCGCGAUCGGGGAAGCGGAAGAUCAAGCCCCGCGAGCCGAAGGCCCGAAAGAGGCGGCGAGCUUCGUGA